UUACAUAAUCUUUAUUUUCUUUGUUUUCAGAAAUUUUAUGAAUAAGCAUCAGAAGCCAGUGCUAACAGGCCAGCGGUUCAAAACUCGGAAAAGGGAUGAAAAAGAGAAAUUCGAACCCACAGUCUUCAGGGAUACACUUGUCCAGGGGCUUAAUGAAGCUGGUGAUGACCUUGAAGCUGUAGCCAAAUUUCUGGACUCUACAGGCUCAAGACUAGAUUAUCGUCGCUAUGCAGACACACUCUUCGAUAUCCUGGUAGCUGGCAGUAUGCUUGCCCCUGGAGGGACACGCAUAGAUGAUGGUGACAAGACCAAGAUGACCAACCACUGUGUGUUUUCAGCAAAAGAAGAUCAUGAAACCAUCCGAAACCAUGCUCAGGUCUUCAAUAAACUCAUCAGGAGAUAUAAGUAUUUGGAAAAGGCUUUUGAGGAUGCAAUGAAAAAGCUUCUCCUCUUCCUUAAAGCCUUUACCGAAACAGAGCAGACAAAGUUGGCAAUGCUGUCGGGGAUCCUGCUAGGCAACGGCACCCUUCCUCCCACCAUCCUCACCAGUCUCUUCACCGACAACUUAGUCAAAGAAGGCAUUGCGGCCUCAUUUGCUGUCAAGCUUUUUAAAGCCUGGAUGGCAGAAAAAGAUGCCAACUCUGUUACCUCUUCUUUGAGAAAAGCCAACUUAGACAAGAGGCUGCUUGAGCUCUUUCCCGUUAACAGACAGAGUGUAGAUCACUUUGCUAAGUACUUCACCGACGCGGGGCUGAAGGAGCUCUCGGACUUCCUGCGAGUGCAGCAGUCGCUAGGCACCAGGAAGGAGCUGCAGAAGGAGCUGCAGGAGCGCGUGGUGCUCUAUGUGAAAGAAGAAAUGAAGAGGAAUGACCUCCCGGAAACAGCAGUGAUAGGCCUGCUGUGGACCUGCAUCAUGAAUGCUGUGGAGUGGAACAAGAAGGAAGAACUUGUGGCAGAGCAGGCCCUCAAGCACCUGAAGCAAUACGCUCCCCUGCUGGCCGUGUUCAGCUCCCAAGGCCAGUCAGAGCUGAUCCUCCUGCAGAAGGUCCAGGAGUACUGCUACGACAACAUCCACUUCAUGAAGGCAUUUCAGAAGAUCGUGGUUCUCUUUUAUAAAGCUGAUGUGCUGAGUGAAGAAGCGAUAUUGAAAUGGUACAAAGAAGCACACGUGGCCAAAGGCAAAAGUGUUUUUCUUGACCAGAUGAAGAAAUUUGUUGAGUGGUUGCAAAAUGCAGAAGAAGAAUCUGAAUCGGAAGGUGAGGACAAUUAGAUGGCCGGAGAAGCACAAUGCCUAGGUCAUU